CUGAUACUCACCAAGUAUUACCAUGCUGACAUGGGGAAGGUUCUAGAGAGCUCCUUAUGGAGGUCCUCGGAUUAUGGAACAACGUAUACAAAGCUAAACCUUCAGCCUGGAGUCACUACUGUGAUUGAUAACUUCUACAUCUGCCCCACCAACAAGAAAAAGAUUAUUCUUGUCAGCUCGUCAGUCUCUGAACAAUGCCUUUUCACAAGCAGCGAUGAAGGAACAACCUUUCAAAAACACUUGAUUACCUUCUCUGUGGAGACCCUCAUCUUUAAUCCAAAGGAGGAGAACAAGCUGCUUGCGCUUACUAAAGAUGCCAAGCUCUAUGUCUCUGUAGAUCUCGGGAAGAAAUGGGAUCUCCUGCAAGAACAAGUCACCAAGGACCAUAUAUUCUGGUCUGUGGCUGGAGUAGACUCUGAUCCAGGAAUAGUGCACAUGGAAAUACAAGAUUCAGAUGGAGGUUAUCGAUAUGUGACAUGCCAGAUUCAAAACUGCUCUGACAAAACACGAACAUUCCCGUUCAAUGGGAACAUUGAUCGCAAUUCUUUAACUGUACAAGAUGAUUACAUCUUUCUUAGGACAACUGCAGGAAACCAGAGCAAGUAUUAUGUGUCAUAUCGCCGGAAUGACUUUGUGCAGAUGAAGCUACCAAAAUAUGCACUUCCAAAGGAUUUACAGAUCAUCAGUACAAAUGAAAACCAGGUGUUCAUUGCUGUCCAGGAAUGGUAUCAAACGGACACUUACAAUUUGUACCAGUCAGACCCUCAAGGAGUCUAUUACUCCAUCAUUCUGGAGAAUGUGAGAAGCACAAAACAGCCAGAGGAGAACGUCUUGAUCGACAUUCUGGAGGUCAAAGGAAUUAAAGGGGUUUUUCUGGCCAAUCAGAAAAUUGAUGGAAAAGUAACAACACUCAUCACAUACAACAAGGGCCGCGACUGGGACUAUCUGGCUCCACCGAGCCUAGACAUGAAUGGAAAGCCCACCAACUGUAAACCGCCUGAGUGUCACCUUCACCUUCAUCUGCGAUGGGCAGACAAUCCGUAUGUAUCUGGAACAGUCCACACCAAGGACACAGCCCCGGGCCUUAUCAUGGGUGCUGGUAACUUGGGUUCACAGCUGGUGGAGUAUAAGGAAGAGAUGUAUAUAACUUCAGACUGUGGAAAUACAUGGAGACAGGUCUUCGAAGAAGAACAUCAUAUCUUGUAUUUGGACCAUGGUGGUGUUAUUGUGGCCAUCAAGGAUACAUCUAUUCCUCUAAAAAUCCUCAAAUUCAGUGUAGAUGACGGCCAGACCUGGAGUGUGCACAACUUCACUAGCACAUCAGUGUUUGUGGAUGGACUUCUCAGUGAACCUGGAGACGAGACACUGGUUAUGACAGUGUUUGGGCAUAUCAGUUACCGUUCAGACUGGGAACUGGUAAAAGUUGAUUUUAGACCCUCGUUCUUUAGAGAAUGUACAGAAGACGACUAUGAAUCUUGGAACCUCUCCAAUACCCAGGGAGAACAUUGCAUUAUGGGCCAGCAGAGAAGCUUUCGCAGGAGGAAGACCUCAUCGUGGUGUAUUAAGGGAAGAAGUUUCACAUCUGCGCUGACUUCAAAAAUCUGCCAGUGUGAAAGCACAGACUUUGUGUGCGAUUAUGGAUUUGAACAUGAGUAUAGUCAUAAAGAAUCCAGCCGAUGUUUUGCUGAUUUUUGGUUUAACCCGGAAUCUCCUCCCGAUGACUGUACACUGGCACAGACCUACACAAGCACCACUGGGUAUCGGAAAGUGGUAGCCAAUGUGUGUGAAGGGGGUAUUGACCUUCAGGAAAAUCUUGUUCGUUUCCAGUGUCCCUUACUAGCACCCAAAGGUCUGCACAUCUCUGUGAGAGGAGACUCAUUUGCUGUGAAGCCGGGGGAGGAUAUCACAUUCAUAGUACUGCAGGACCAGGGUGAUAUUCUGAACACCAAGUACCAAGUCAACUUGGGAGAUGGCUUCAAGGCAAUCUAUGUGAAUCUUACCUUGACUGGUGAGCCCAUUCGACACCGUUAUGAGAGUCCCGGAAUAUACAGGGUGUCUGUGAAAGCAGAGAAUGUGGCUGGCCACGAUGAAGCUGUGAUCUAUGUGCAGAUCAUCUCUCCUCUCCAAGCCGUCCAUCUCGAGGUAGUGCCAGUGGCCGGCAAAAACCAAGCAGUAAAUUUGUCAGCUGUCAUCCAACCUAACAACGCCAACCUCUCUGUCUAUUACUGGUGGAUUGGAGAUAACCUACAGCCUUUCUUGACACUGGACAGUUACCUUGUGACCAAGUUUGCAGAGGCUGGAGAGUUCAGGGUGACGGUGCAGGUCCUCUACCUAAACUCCAUGUUGCAAGAUUCCAAAGUUGUCCGAGUUUUUGAUGAAUUCCAAGUUCUUCCACUCAUGUUCAGCAAACAUCUGGAUAUGUACAAUCCCAACAUCCCCGAGUGGAGGGAAGACAUUGGACAAGUAGUUACUCGUCUGCUUGCAAAGGAAACUAACAUUCCAGAACAAAGUCUUGUGACCGUUGUAAAACCGGGACUGCCAACAACGGCUGAUUUGUAUCUCCUGCCGUCUACAAACCAGCCAAAGAGGAAGAGGAGCAUUCCUAAUGACAAGAGGAUAGCGGCAAUAAAGCAAGCUUUGAAUUCGCACAAUAUCACUUUCUUUCUGAGAGGUGGAUUUUGGGUUUUAGUGACAUUAAGUGAUUCCGUUUCAGACUCCCGGGUAACUGGAGGAACUGGAGGGUACUGGGCCAUAGUCGUCAUCUUCUCCAUAUUCAUCGUAGCAGUUGGUGCCUUCAUACUUUAUAAGUUCAAAAGGAAAAUGCCUGGCAGGAAUGUCUAUGCUCAAAUGCACAAUGAGAAGGAGCAGGAGAUGACAAGUCCUGUGAACCACAGCGAGGACACACAGAACAUCAUCCAGGGAGAGGAGUUCAUUGAUGAUGACAUGGACACACAAACACUAGGACACGCAAGAGUGACACUAUCUGGGAGAGGUGGAUUGUUCAACAGCUACAAGGUCCCUUUAUUGUCGAUGCCUGCCAGUGUCCAUUCGCAGGUAAUCACUCAGGAGUGGUUUUAAGUAUCAACUCUAGAGAAAUGCACAAUUAUCUUGUUAGCUGAUGUUUACAGAAGGAGACAAACAUUGUACAGACUCUUCUCUGAAUUGUAAGAUUUUUCGCUGGUGAACGGCCAGCUUGGGAAUACUCAGACUGUAACCGCAAUCGGAGAAGUUUAUUUCUAACCUGUCCUGAAGAUACGUAUUGUCCGCUACUACAGCAGAGCGACCCAACCGCCAACGUGUAUUAAAGACUCGUUUUCAUACAACCGGCAGUUGUUACAACUCAUAUCCAAGUAGUAGCCAAUUUGUAACCCGAGACACAACUUUUGUGUUCUAUUCAUAUUAUGUGUACACUUUAUUACAUUUUUCAUUUUAUCUAGAGAUAUUUUUUUUUUCCCAAAAUCCAAGUUUACUUUAGAAUAAUGGAAUUUCCAUCGUUUGACUGGACGUCGGUUGGAAGGAGUGUGCCCUGGAAAAGAAGAUGAUUUGG